CGCCACCACAGCCGCCAGCAGUCCAUCACCGGUUCCGUUCGAAUGGGCCGCAAGGGACGCAAGGCUAGGGUUUCGCGCGACGCCGACGUCGACGGCAGCGAGGAUGAGAUGGCCGCCGCUCCUGCCGCCGCUGCGGGCAGGAGCCUCUACGAGAUCUUGGGAGUUGAGAAGACUGCUUCACAACAAGAAAUAAAGAAGGCAUAUCACAAAUUGGCUCUGCGCCUCCAUCCAGAUAAGAAUCCUGGGGAUGAGGAAGCCAAAGAGAAGUUUCAGCAGCUGCAGAAGGUUAUAUCCAUUCUUGGAGAUGCAGAGAAAAGAGCUUUAUAUGAUGAGACUGGCAUUACUGAUGAUGAUGCACUGGUGGGAGAAGCUGCAAAUGAUCUUCAGGAGUACUUCAGAACAAUGUACAAGAAGGUCACUGAGGCUGACAUUGAAGAAUUUGAAGCUAAAUACAGAGGGUCAGAUUCUGAGAAAACGGACUUGAAGGAACUCUACACAAAAUAUAAGGGCAACAUGAACAGGCUUUUCUGCACAAUGAUUUGCUCAGAACCAAAGCUUGAUUCCCACCGCUUCAAGGAUAUAAUCGAUGGGGCGAUUGCUGAAGGUGAGCUGAAGUCAACUAAGGCGUAUGAGAAAUGGUCUAAAAAGAUUUCGGAGAUGGAGCCACCAACAAAUCCAUUAGAGAGGAGAGCGAAGAGUAGGAAGAAAAGUGAGGAGAACGAUCUGAUCCUGGCCAUCUCACAGCGCAGGGCUGAGCGGAAAAACCAGUUCAACUCCAUCCUCUCGAACAUCAUGUCCAAGUGUGAUUCCAAGGCAAGCAGUUCUGAGCCCACAGAAGAGGAGUUUGAGCUGGCGCGACAGAGGCUGGAGAGCAAAAUGGCCAAGAGGCGCAAAUGAUGCCUGCUGCCAGCCUUCUUUCCCUAUGCGUCUAUGCCGAACAUCGUCUUAAGCUUUGGGUGUGAUCUGAUUUUACCAGCACGCAAGUGAUGGUUGUGAGAGCUAGCUUGAGCGUGUCAGGAUCUGUAUCAUAUCUCGUGUCCUCUGGGACAGUAGGUCGUGUGGUUAUCGCCUUGCCGAGAGGGAAGCUUUCUCUGAACUUCAAUACCAUGGAUACGUGGGUAAUGGCUAUGCAGUUGUAGUUUAGUGUGUGUGUGGUUAUAUAUAUAAUGUAAUCGUGCCAGCAGCUAUCCGAUUAUGUUCUUUGAAGAAAGCUGUAGUGCCCUCCAGGCCUCGAGGAUGCAAGUGUUGAAGGGCGGACAACAGGCGGGCUGUGGCUUAUAAUCCAGUCCUCACGAGGUGUAAUUGCCAUUAAUGUCGAGGUUUACAACAGCAUCAAGUCCUGCAAGUACCGAUGCAAAUACCAUCACCAUGUUUAUC